AUGGACGACACCGAGCUAAGUGCACGCACCGAUUUCGAUCAUGAUCAGCACCGUGAGAGACUAGCAGCAGCCGAUCCCAGUGAUGAUGGCGGUGGAGGCUCUGAGGCCGAGUCCAGGUCGGACGAUGAAGAAUACAAAUCGGGUGCCGAGCCUGAAAGCGAAGAGGACUUUGGUGUGCAAGAUGUGCACGCACCAUCCAGCCGUAAGUCCGUUAAAGUUGCGGAGCAAUUGGCGCAAGGUUCAGUCAAGGUCGUCUCGAAAGGCCGGCACAACCGCCGCGUACUCUCAGACUCAGAGGCCGGAGGGUCCGAUUAUGCGCCUGACUUCCUAGACCCUGGAUACGAGUCUCCUCCCACCCGCAAUCCCGAUGCCAAUGACUCCGCAGAUGAAGCUGAAUGUCCGGUAGCUGAAGACGAAGAUGACCCCAUGAACCUUAGGGAGGCACGGGUUCAUCGCGAAUGGAACUCCGUCGCGCAGGAGAUGAUCAUCCGUCGGGCACAGCGCCCUAAGCUGCCAGCCAGUCGUCACUACGGUCAACAAGAUGAUAAGAAAAACACACCGAGUGUGGAGGAGCACCGUAAUGAGUCAUCAUCGCACCCUCAGCCGGCCGCGUCUUCCAACCAACGCAGUUCCACCACGCAGCGGCUGUUGCAGCAGCGAUCUAACCAGGCUGGCAUGGUGGUUGCCGAGAAAGGUGUCACUGUGACGAAGACCAAGCGGCAGGGAGGCUUCCGCGAGACCGACAGCCAGCCACCCCCCGAGUCCAUCAGCAGUGGCGAAGACUCGGGACUUGACCUAUUCCCUGAAAAGUCCCGCACUGGACGCCCUAAGCCACGACGUAAGCUGACCGCACCGGCUCCUUCCGACCAAUCGAUUCCCGGGCCUGCCACCAAUGUGAAGGGACAUCAGGCAACUCGCAAUGGUACUAUCUCAGGCGACGACGACGACGACGACGAUGAAUCAGCAACAGAUGCCCGAGGCCUGUUGCGUGCCAGCCAUGUGAACGUCUGGCCCGAGGAUACGGAAGUCACAUUUAAGGACGGGAAUAAGGUAGCUGGUCUCAACUCGCAGAAAUCAAACAAGGUCCGCACUCUGUUGAAGUCGACCAUCGCCCAAGAGUUGCCGCAAGCUCUGGCACUUGUCAAUGCCUUUCCGAACAUCGGCGAGCGGCCCAAAAUGUUCCUCGACAUAUUCAUCACUGGUGCGCGGCGCCUCGGCCCCAACUACAGUACAAUCGCCCAGCGCCUGUUGCAAGACUCAGCGUAUGUCCUCAGCUUACUGACAUUGCCCGCCAAGAGAAUGUGUUCGAUCCGUGGACCCUGGUAUAGCGCCUGUCGUGAUCCUGUAUGGGAGGGCUAUGGCCUCAAGGCCAUCGAGAAUGACCCGGAGGCCCUCCAGACGGCUGUCCAGGAGCUGCUCCUCAAUGACCAGUUCAUAUUCCCCGGUAAACUCGUGAACGGCAGCUAUACCGAGCUCAAGCGCAACAUACCAUUCUGCGCAGAGCCAAUCAUCAAUCUCGCCAACAUCCUGUUCCUCGGACCCAAAGCACUCUGCCCCAUCGAAGACUCGGCGUUCAUCUCGUCCAUCAAUACUGGCCCUGGCGCGAUGGAGCGAGAAAUCCCGCAGACAAUGGCUGCGCUCCUCGCAACCUUCGCUGGCGCAGCAAUUGGAGAGGGCCUGCAUGGCACCCGCGAGCCCCUCAAAGAAAACGAAGGUUUCAAUUCGACUAAACAGGAGGCGCCUUACCGGGACCAUCUCGCCGCCCUCUCGCCAAUCAAUCUGAUUGGCCGUCAUAAGAUCCUUAACCUUAUAUUCAAUGAAGCGAAGACUAUUCAUAUGAAGAAGAGUGCCACUCGCACUCGUAAGGCCACAGCCAAUUCCCUCAUUGACCCCCUGACUGCGGGGAUGGACCUCUAG